UUCACAUCUCUUACCACCUGUCUUCCCACACAACAUGAUAGCAGUCUGUCUCUCACCAUGGACUUCAUCAGGAUACAGGAGACGGAGAUUCAACAGAAGUAAGGUUACAAUGAGGCAGCCGGUGUGGGGGAGAUCUGAUGAGGUGUGUGUGGGCCUGUAGCGUGACACAGAGUGGGUGAUGAGGACCGUUCUUUCUGUGUGUGGAGGUGGAGAUGGAGGGGAGUCCCGCAGCCUCCGCAGCAGGGUGGGCAGGAUGAAGAAGCUGCUCUGGCUCAGGCCGAGUCAUUGCGUGGAUGUCCAAACAGACACGGAACCUGGCGUAUGGCUGACAAGCUUCCAGCUGUUGGACACUGAUAGGCAGUGUGAGGACCCUGUGCAGGAGUGGGGGGAAGAGGAAGACAACGGGGCUGUGUUUGGCAUCACGCUGCGCAGGGAGCCGGUUAUGCCGAGCUCAGACACAGUAGAUCUUCCAACAGCCCCCAGCUUCAUCCAAUACCACACAGUAAAGGUGCGCAGGUUGAAGGCUGGCACCCUGGAGCAUCUGGUCAACCACCUGCUGACCCCAGAACCUGAGGAGCCUGACUUCGUUCAUAUCUUCCUCUCCACCUACAGGGCCUUUACAUCCACUAGUACUCUCAUUGAGCUGAUGUUUCAAAGAGAUGACUCAACAGCCAACCUGGAUAACACUGUCUGCCCACGCAGUACCUUACCUCCAGUGAUUCGGCUGUGGCUGGAGGAGUACAGUGAAGACUUUCAUGAGCCCCCUCAGUACCAGGCUCUCAGGCUUUUGUAUGCCCACUUGCGACGACGCCUCUGUUUCAGGCGAUUGGCAAACACUGCCGAGACUCUCCUCAAGAGACUCCAGGAACAAGAUUGCAGUCAGUCUGUGUCAGUCCAGCACAAUGAGCCAGUGAAACAGCAGCACAGUACCCUGGGAGAUGGAGUUGAGAUGUCAGUGAAGGAAGAAGACAAAAACAACUUUAUGUUUUUCCCUGUGAGAGAAGUGGCAGAGCAGCUGACCAGAUUGGAUGCUGAACUGUUCAUCAGAGUGGUUCCUUUCCACUGCGUUGGCUGUGUCUGGUCCCAGCGUGACAAGAAAGAAAACCGACACGUUGCUCCCACCGUCCGUGCCACUAUAUCUCAGUUCAACGCUGUCACUAACCGUGUCAUCACCUCACUCUUAUGCCUGUCCUCACCAAGCCCCUCUACUUCCUCACCCAUCUCAUCACAUGGCUCCUUCUCUACCUUCCUGUAUCCCUCCACUACCCCUAGCUCACCUCACCAUGCACACACCAGCCCAGCCCACAGAGCACGCAUUAUUGAGAGGUGGAUUGCCAUUGCUCAGGAGUGUAGACAGCUGAAGAAUUUCUCCUCCCUGAGGGCCAUUCUUUCAGCCCUGCAGUCCAAUGCUGUGUAUCGCCUGAAGAGGACGUGGGCAGCUGUUAGCAGGGAGAGCAUGGCCACCUUUGAGCACUUGUGUGAGAGAUUCCUCGAUGAAAACUGUGUUCUAAGCAGCAAAGAGAUCCUGGUGGUGGAUGGGAGUCAUCCAGACUGCAGUAGCACCCCAGGCUCAAAAUCAUCUCGGCUCUGUCCAGUGUCCAGACAGAUGGACAUCAGUAGUGGAGUUGUGCCUUACCUUGGCACUUAUCUGACUGCCCUCACCAUGCUGGAUACAGCUCUGUCUGACACUGUGGAGGGUGGCCUCAUCAACUUUGAGAAGCGCAGACGGGAGUCUGAGAUUCUUUUUCAAAUUCGGCAGUUUCAGGCUUCCUGUUCCCACUCCAGGCUCCCAUUCAACUCUUGUAUCACCCACUGGCUGCAGGCACAUACACUUCUCACAGAUCAAGAGAGCUAUGAGCUUUCGCGGGACCUGGAGCCACCAGUCGACCCCUGUCCCAGCUCUCCCAACUCCUGGAGCAGCCGACUGCUCACCAAGAAACUCACCUCAUUGCGAACAUCCAGUGACGGCAUGCCUAGGAAAACCCACGCUGACCAGAUCAGUGUAACAUCUUCUGGCUCCAGCAGUUCAGACAUGGAGGAUCUCUCCAUCCCACAGCCCUCCCCUCUCAGACUCAAACUGAAGUCUUUCUCAGGCUCUCUUCACAAUGUUGCAGAGGAUUUCUACAGCUCCAUGUCCUCGUCUCCAAGUCUGUCCAGCUCCUCAUGCAGCUCAUCACACCCAGACCUCUGCUCUCCUUCUCUGGUUCUGAACGAUUCACCAGCAUCAAGCUGUUGUCCAACCGCCCUUCCUGUCUACAACAAGCAAGUUGCAGACUCAUGCAUCAUCAGAGUCAGUGUGGAGCGUGUCAUCAAUGGAAACGUCUACAAGAGCAUACUGCUCACCAGUCAGGACCACACACCCCAAGUGAUUCAGAGGGCUCUAGAAAAACACAAUAUGGAGGACGUCAGCUGCCAUGAUUUCAGCCUCUGCCAGAUGCUCAAGAAUGGGAAAGAGCUCCAGAUCCCCAACAAUGCCAAUGUUUAUUAUGCAAUGAGCACCUCGGCAAACUAUGACUUUGUGAUACGCCCCCGUUGGAGGAGUCACAGGAAACACUAUGGCUUCUCCUCAAGUCCUGGAUUUCAGAACAGGAGUCACCACACCAAGUGAAAAGCAUCUCUCCUAGCAUACUGUUAAGUUUUAUAUCAAGAAGAUACAAGAGCUGCUUACCUACAACAGCAGCCAAACAACUCAUUUGUGGCCAAAUGUAUCUACUUCUGAAGAAUUUCAACGCUGAAAAUAUGAGAUGGAUGCUACAGAACUUUGUCUGAAAAUUGAAAUUGGGGAACUUUCUGUAAAAGAAGUCUGACUUACGGACUACACUGAAAUGUUUCAGACCAGGAAUUAUUCUGGCAUAAUUAAGGAGUGGUGCAAAAAGAGAGAAGCUGCAAAGUAUGCUCAAAAAAGGCAUCAAGGAGUGAGAAACAAAAGAAACUCUUUGCCUCUUUUGGAUAAAUGAAAUAAAAUUCAAUUGAAACUUGGUUCCUGACAUACAUUCAUGGAUUUGGACAAUUUAAAUCACAGUUUGGAUUAUAACUCAUCAUAAAGUGAAGGGCACUUCAUUUUUUAUUUGCUGCUACAUGAUGAACAUGAGGAGUAGUUUGUCUGGGAGAACAAAUAUGUCAUGUUCCUUCCGCAACAAA